GUCGACGCGCAAAGUUCGCCUUCGGAAACGUUUUUUUAAGCGCGUUUUUGUUUCGCCACACCAGCACCAAACAAUAAAUAAAUAAAAAAGCAGAAUAUAAUUUAAAACGUAGAAACAAAAGAUAGAAACACAAGUGUUUUAAAAAAAGACUUAUACAAAUAAAUAAUAGUUACCCAACUUGACAUAAGUGAUAAUAAAGCUUUAACCAUGACGUCAGGCGUGAGACCCAUCGAUGUGCUGCUGCAACGCGCCGGUGUGCGCGGUCACCAGCGUGCUCCCUCCGAUUCGAAGGAAUUCCACGAAGUGACCAAGCGCGAUGCACUGCGUCUGCUGGAGAACGAUGUCGAUCGUCUGCUGCAGACAACGGAGCCAGCCAGGCGUCCAGCUCUGCAGGCUGAAAUGGGUCGCUUUGCCGAUCUAUUCGGACGUUUUCUGCAAGAGGAGGGUCCCGCGUUGGACUGGAAUAAAAUUCAGAAACUGCCAGAGAACGCCGUUAUGAACUAUUCCAAUCUGAAAUCGCCCAAGAAUGAGCAGAUUCGCAAUAUGUUGGAUAAACUGGUCGUCAUCAAGCUGAAUGGUGGUCUCGGCACCUCAAUGGGUUGCCAUGGACCCAAGAGUGUUAUUCCCGUGCGCUCUGACCUCACCUUCUUGGAUCUGACUGUGCAGCAAAUCGAGCAUCUGAACAAGACCUACGACGCGAAUGUGCCGCUUGUGCUGAUGAACUCCUUCAACACCGACGAGGACACUGAGAAGAUUGUGCGCAAGUACAAGGGAUUCCGUGUGCAGAUUCACACUUUCAACCAGAGCUGCUUCCCACGCAUCAGUCGUGAGCACUUCCUGCCUGUGGCCAAGGACUUUGAUGUGGAGAAGGAUAUGGAAGCCUGGUAUCCUCCCGGUCACGGUGACUUCUACGACACCUUCCGCAACUCAGGACUGUUGAAGAAGUUCAUUGGCGAGGGCCGUGAGUACUGCUUCCUUUCCAACAUUGACAAUCUGGGCGCCACUGUCGAUCUGAAUAUACUCAAUAAGCUGGUGGGUGAGGAACGCGCCACCACUCCCGUUGAAUUCGUCAUGGAGGUGACCGAUAAGACACGAGCUGACGUUAAGGGUGGUACGCUCAUACAAAUGGAGAACAAGCUGCGUCUGCUGGAAAUUGCUCAAGUGCCACCAGAGCAUGUGGAUGACUUCAAGUCUGUCAAGACCUUCAAGUUCUUCAACACCAACAACAUUUGGGCUAACCUGUCUGCCAUUGAUCGCGUCUUGCGUGAACGCACGCUCAACAUGGAGAUUAUUGUCAACAACAAGACACUGGAGAAUGGUCUGCGUGUUGUGCAGCUGGAGACAGCUGUGGGUGCAGCGAUGAAGUGCUUUGAUGGCGCCAUUGGCAUCAAUGUGCCACGUUCUCGUUUCUUGCCUGUGAAAAAAUCCUCAGAUUUGCUGCUGGUCAUGUCCAAUCUGUACACGCUCAAGAACGGCAGCCUGGUGAUGUCGCCGCAGCGCAUGUUCCCCACCACGCCGCUGGUCAAACUCGGCGAAAAUCACUUCUCGAAGGUCAAGGAAUUCCUGGGUCGCUUUGCCAAUAUACCCGAUAUCAUUGAGCUCGAUCACUUGACGGUGAGCGGUGAUGUGACCUUCGGCCGUGGUGUCUCAUUGAGGGGCACUGUUAUCAUCAUUGCCAAUCAUGGUGAUCGAAUUGAUAUUCCCGCUGGCGCCAUUCUGGAGAAUAAAAUCGUGUCUGGCAACAUGCGCAUCCUGGAUCAUUAAACAACCAGCAUAUAUGUAUAUCUGUGUGAACCAGCAUAUAUAUGUAUGUGUGUGAUAUAUGCCAGAAUCUAUCAUUAUCUCUGUAGCAUAAUUAACUAAGUUUAUGUACAAGUACUCGUAGUAGUCAUGUUCAAAAAAGUUCCAAAUUAUCUAACACGUUUCAUUUAGCCAAUCGUUGUUGUAAGCACAAAGUGUCAUUUAGUAUAUUGUAUAUUAAAAUAUAUUUAAAGCGUGCUUCAGAAUUGUAUAUAGUUAAGAUUUAAAUCACAUUUGCAAAAUGCGCUUUCAAAAUUGUUGAAUCCCUGUUACGAGUCCAAGUUAAAUAAAGGCAUGUUUAUAUACUUAUCUAUAA